AUGAACACAAAGCACCUGUUGCUGCUCUCCAGCCUCAACAUCAGACACCUUCGGACUGUAACCCACUCCUCAACAUCUCACUCGGACAGGAAAAAGAUGACGAUGGCUUCCUUCAUGAGCAAGAUCAUUACUUUAUUCAUCAUCUGCAUGACCAUGCAAGACGGUUGUGGACUCCCCUUAUCGGAUCGGCAGGACCUGCCGCUUCAGGCACCGCAUUCCGGCCACAUCAGGACCAAACGCUGCUCCUGUAGCAGCUGGGAGGAUAAGGAGUGCAUCUACUUUUGCCACUUGGACAUUAUCUGGGUCAACACACCUAGUAAACUCAUUCCUUACGGUAUGGGAAGUCCCUUGUCUCGACGCAGGCGGUCAACCAAGAGAUGCGAAUGCCUUAACCCUGCCGAUAAAUCCUGCCUCGGCUUCUGCCAUCAAAGCUCAGAGGAUACUCAACAGGACACCCUGAGACCACUGAAUGAAUCUAAAAGCAUUGACAGAAGCAAAUUGCUGGUACCCUUCAGAUCUGUGGUUAAGACCAACAUGGCCAUUGCAAAAAGCCUUCAGUCGACCAGGAGGAAGCACCCUGACAUCAAGAAAUUCAAAAACAGAACAAGACGGUAAAAGGGACUGAAUGGAAACCAGAAGAAGUGCAAUCCUCGUGGAUUCAGACUCCAGGGAUCAGAGACUCCUCUGGCUGGUGCCGCUUUCAGCACAAGGGAAUCCUCGGAAACAGAGAUGGGCACAGGGAAGGAAAAGGAGGAAAUGCAGCGAGCAUUUAGCCUCCAAAAACAGAGCUUUGGAGGACUGGAAACCCAACAGAAGGAAGGAGGACCGCAGCAGAUGCAACCUUGUCUCUCUAUGAACUUAAAUCAACUUGAAGAAAAGUGUUGAGGAAGGACCCUACAACACCAAAGACAUGAAAAGUGACUUUGGGGCUAGAGGAUAGAAACGCCAAGAAAGGUUGCUUUGACCGGCUGACAAAGCACAUUUGAGACUCAGAAUAUUAAAGGAUCAUUAAUCACAUAUACUUGACACAUAGUUGGUAAUAUUUUGUCCAUAUCAAAAUGUCAGGACAGAUUAUUAGUAUUAUAUUCCUCUGUAUCAGAGCUAUAAUCUGUUGCCCUGCUUGAUGUUCAAGGCAAAAAUCUCUCAAUGUAUCAGGCAGCACUCGAUAACAGCAGCAUGUUCGCUAACGGACAGGGUAGCAAACAAACUGCCACAGUGAAGCAAAUGGCACCUCUUUUUGGAUUUAUGUGAUAAACAAUUAGCUUUUUCAAGUUUCCACUGUCAGCUCCUCCACACGAACACACACACGCACAGCCUUCCUGUUUGCAUAAAAACACUGACACAGUCGCUCUAUUGUAAUGGCUCGAGUGUUUAUUGCAUGUAACUCCUAUUUAAUGUUCUGAUUGAAGAUAAGCCAGAAGGUUUCAAUGACGUGCAGCUUGCCAAAAAAAUGUAGCAUUUGUUUUUCUCCCUCUGACAAAUUGCAGACAAAUUCCUCUGUAGUUUUUUUUAGAUGGGGGAUUUUUUUUACUCUGGUAUUCUUUUCAUAAGAUGUUAACCUGUGAAAAUAGGUCAAAUAUUUUCUUCUUUCCAAGGAGUCCAUUCACUCCAUCUUCUGAAGUCAAAAACGACUGCCUGAAUGUGGAGAUUUUCGUUUUCGCUCACUGUAACUCACAACAAUAUUAAUCCUCGAAUAUCUUGUGCUGUAUAUCCCUCACAGUUUACAAGCUUCUGUGUUUACUGUUGAUACUAAAUGAUAGCAAUUGUUGUACACAGAAGAAUUUAUUUAUUCAUUAAUUUAUUAAGAAUAUGUAUUUAUAUUUCUAAAACUGGAGCUCAAAUUUUGUAUGAGAAUAAAAAG